CCGACAGCACUUAAUAGCAACAUCAGAUCCUUCACAUAGCUAGUGGAGUGAGACACGUCCAUCCUACAGAGUGGACAGUGUUUUACUUAGGUGGAUAAUCAAGGAUUUGAUUAUCUUUGCUGCAAAACAUGCUCAACCCGCAGAGAUCUUUGUCUGAGCUGCCCAAGAUGUCCGCUGCCAGUCAAGUGGAGAGAGCUGUAUUGGAGGAGGAAUUCAACUGGCUGCUUAAAGAAGAGGUACAUGCUGUGUUAAAGCAGCUCCAGGACGUCCUCAAGGAGGCAUCGAGACGUUUUUCUAUGCUGACACCGGGCCUGGAGAGUCAGCUCAAACAGGAAAACUUCAUCCUUGGCAGCUCAACCAUGGAUCAAGUGAAGGGAGUGCUGACACUGCAGGGAGAAACUCUGACUCAGGCUGAUAUAAACCUGAAGGUCGCAAAGAGCAGCCAAGUGCUGCACUUUCAGUUCAGGGAGGACAAGCAGUGGAAACUGCAGCAGAUUCAGGAUGCCAGAAACCAUGUGAACCAGGCUCUCCAGCUGCUGAGCAGCCACGAUGAGAGCUACCACUUUAAGACAGGGGCUGAGGUUAAUAAGCUCAUGGAUGCAGUGAUGCUCCAGCUGACACGAGCAAGAAACCGCCUCACCACCCCAGCCUCCUUGACCCUGCCAGAAUUGGCCACCAGUGGUUUGAUGAAAAUGUUUUCUCCUCCCAUGCCCGGGGAUGUGAUGGUGAACUUUUACAUCAACUUGAGCAAAUUGUGUCUGACAGUCUACCAGCUUCAUGUGCUGCCUCCUAACACCACUAAGAAUUUCAAGCCAGCUGGGAGCUCAGUGCUGCACAACCCAGGAGCAAUGUUCGAGCUCAACAACAACCGGUUUGAGGUGAGCCAUGUUCAUAAGGUUGAGUGUGUGGUGCCCUGGCUGAACGAUACGCUGGUAUUCUUCACCAUCUCCCUGCAGCUCUGUCAGCAGCUAAAGGACAAGAUAUCUGUUUUCUCAAGUUUCUGGAACUACAGACCUUUCUAACCCACCUCUUGUCCAACUUCAAGAGACCAGUCAGAACCAAACUAAACCCACAAGUGUAAGGGAAAUUCUUGAAAGGUCUAUACUUCUAUCAAUAUUUAUUAUCCAUUCAUUCAGUUUCAAGUGUUGCAUGAUUAGCUGAGUGAGCCAAUCAAACCCCCAGGGAUAUCGAUGUUUGCCGUUGCAAGUUUUGUUAGCCCUGCUGACUGACACUUCUCUGAUGUGUAUUGCAUCCCAGCACUGACUUGAAUUUUCAAUAUUUGAAUGUUGCUGAUUAAUAUAUUAUUUUGUUACAUUUAGGCUACUUAGAAUAUAAAGAGUAUUUAGCUGGUUCUUAUCCCAAAGUUUUGGAACACUUAGUUGACUGCUCAGGGUUGGAAGACUUAACAGAGCCUUUUGCACCCCCUCCCCUUUCUUUCCCAGAGGCUUCGAUAGGGCGUCAGAUUUAGUUGUGUUGGUUAGCACUACUUAAGCCAGUGUAUACUAUUUCCUGUAGCAUAGUGGAGCUUUCCAAAACGAAGGGAAAAAAAAGAUUGACGCCACAUUAGUGAACUUGGGGUUCUGUAAAACCUUCUAUUGUUUUGUUCUGGCCUGUAGCAAUGAAUUGGUUGCUAAACUUUAAACAAAUUCCCCUCUCUUCUUAACAUAGAGGUGACGUAAUAAACCAAGAUGCUUCAUUGAAAGUCAGACAGGAAUGUUCCCUAAGCUCUUGUUAGAUGUGUAUCAGUGUGUAACCUCCGUUAUAUUUGGCUAUGUUGAAUUGUGCACUUCCGAAUUCAAGCUUAAAAAUGACAAAAAUGUCUGAUGAUCUGAAUGAAUUCUCACUAAAGUAACAUUGCACAGGAAAUUUCUUUGAAUUUACACAGUUACUUCUGAAGAAUUAAAGACUUUUAAUGUUUGAAGAAUUAAAGCAGUAGUAUCCCAUUAAAACACACUGAUGUAUAGAAAAUCUGUGGUAGCAGUUCUCAGGGUUUAAGGGUUUGGUGAUAACAGCAUAGAGAAAAUAGUCCAUUGUUUAAAUCUUCUCAGCUUUCGUCAAAAAGAUUGUAUGGUAGGAGUAUGUUGUUUUAGUAACUAAAAUACUGUGCAAUGACAACAUAAUAGCAUAUCCAUGACAGUGGGGGUUGCUUCAUUCAACUUUUUUGUUGUUGUCUGACACCCAUUGUAUUAGUAAGUGUGAUGUCUAAUUCAUCAAAUAAACUGAAGUCUACUUG